AGUGCAGCGCCGCGAGGGACCCAGCUGCUGCAGGGGAGAAGGAGCGGGGGAGGCUCAGAAGCAGCCCCCAGGCCAGGCAGCCAUCCAGGCUCUUAUGGGAGGGCUGCAUGGGAACGGCGUAUUAAAGCGUCCCGAGCUCCCCACCGCCGCUCGCUCUCUCCGAGCCGGGGAGCAGGGGCUGCAGCCGGGGGCGGCGAUGAAGUCUCCCAGUUGAAGGAGCGGGAUCCGGGCGGAGACUGGCUCUGGCGCCGGAGCCAGGGCAGGCGCUGGUGCACCGGGGCGCUUCGGCGGCAGCUCUCGCUUCGGUGUCUCUUUCCCUGCUCCCCGCGCUAGCCCGCCCCCCGCGGCGGCCCCGGGGCAGAUGGCUGUCCGCAGCGGUAACGCCUUGACGCCUUUCUCCAUCCAGGCCAUCCUCAACAAGAAGGAGGAGCGCGCUCAGCACUUGGCGGGGCGGCCGCCGCCGGCCACCCCCACCACGCCCGCUUGCUGCUGGAGGCUGUUCGGCGAGAGGGCGGACGCGAGCGCAGCGGACGAGACUUUGCUGCUGUCCCCGGCCUGCGCCCGGGCUGCGCCGGCAGCGGGAAGGACGAUGGGAGCCCCGGCGGGCUGGGAUUCGGACUCGGCGCUCAGCGAUGACCACGAGGGCGAGAGGCGCUCGGAGGAGGAGGGCACCGGGGUGCAGAAGGGGCCGCCCGGCAACAGCGCCCGCUCCAGAGAGGCCCCUGGUCGGGGGCGGCCGGCGCGGGAGGCUCAGCCCAGGGAUCAGGAGGAAGAGCCCCCCGGCCUCAGUGACAGCGAGAUGUCGGCCAGCGUUUCAGGUACGCUUGUGGGGAGAGAGUCGGUCUUCGAGCUGGAGCGGCGCUUCAACCACCAGCGCUACCUCUCGGGCCCGGAGCGAGCCGACCUGGCGGCCUCGCUCAAGCUCACCGAGACCCAGGUGAAGAUCUGGUUCCAGAACCGCCGCUACAAGACCAAGCGGCGCCAGAUGGCCGCGGACCUGCUGGCCUCGGCCCCGGCCGCCAAGAAAGUGGCGGUGAAAGUGCUGGUGCGGGACGAUCAGAGACAGUAUCACCCGGGGGAGAUGCUGAGGCCGCCCUCGCUGCUUUCCCUGCAGCCUUCCUACUACUACCCCUACUACUGCCUGCCCGGGUGGGCCCUGUCCACCUGCACCGCAGCCGCGGGGACUCAAUGAGACUGACCAGCCCCAGCCCUCUCAGAUCCAAAGCAACCCCGAGCCCCAGCUGCAGGACUGUAUGCACCGGACAGUAUUUAUUAUUAUUAUUUUAUUUGAUUAUUUUUAUUAUUAUUGUUAUUUGGGUAAUUUCCCCUCCCCCUCCUUUCCAAGUUGUGACUUUUGCAAACUCCCCCCCCCCCUCAAGCCGAGGACUCUUGUAAUUCGGCACGACUAGUUCAUGGUAUCCAUGUUGUCACUCUAUUCCGUGUAGACUUGCUUGUUUGUUUUUGUUUUGCUGAUAUUGUUGCUCCGGAUUGAUAAGAGACCCGAAUCUGGUGUGUGAGAGAGGAAAAAGAAACUCAGAUCAGAACAGGAGAUCAAGGACUCCCCCAUGGACUGAAAGGAAGAUUAUUUUUCUCUGUUUGUUGGAGUCCUUGGUCUUCCAAAUUAUUGCAAACCGUGUGUGCCUUUUAUGGUGCUGAAUGUAAGGAACCUCUUUCAAAUCCCCCGUGCUCUUGUUGCCCAUGUUAUUCCUGUUCUUCAUGGUCCAUGGCAAAGGACAGAUGUGUCCCAAAAGGGUGAGCCCUGUAUCAAAAAGCCAGAUCUCUUUUCUCCCUCGGAUCUUUCCUUGGUGGGGGUUGGGGGAGGGAGAAGUAACGAGUUUUUAGCACUUUCCAGUUGUACUAAAGUUAAUGUUAUUUUUAUAUUCAAUGUGAAUAUUUCUAGUCAGGCUUUUUUAAAAUGGACGUAAUGGGGAAAAUUAGUACCAUUCAGUGCCUUUUUCUUUUUCUUUCUUUAAAUUCGUCAGCAAACCUAUCCUGUGGGUUUGUGAUCUACUUCAGUAAUGUAACAGUCUCUUUCUUACAAGGUAAUUCGUGGCUUUUUCCUCCUUUAAUGGCACUGUGCACUCAACUAGAUUAUUUACUUUAAAUGAAUUGUGAAUGUUUGUAAGCUAUCCGCUGUACUUUUUUAAUUUAUAAACUUUAGUUUAACACCUAGUUAUGUCCAUUGUGUCCUUUCUAC